AUGUCUUCUAAAACUUUACUGAUCCGGCAUGUACCAAGUAAAUUUACUAGCAAUGAUUGUUCCGAUUUAUUUCAGCGGUUUGGUGCUAAGAAAGUUCGUUACAUGGGCAAGGAAGGUAAGAUGAAACACACAGCUUUUGCCUUGUUUGACAGUGAAAGUGAAGCAAAGAUUGCCAUGAACCACCUACACCAACUAAAACUUUUAGACAGAAGAUUGGUCGUUGAAUACUCUGAUAAGGAAUUCGUUGAAGACUUGAACUUGCCUGCACAAAAACUUCUUGAUGAAUUCAAAAGGAAUGACACCCAAGUUGUUGAACCCUCUUUGGGUCAACAAAUUGACUCUCAACUGGCCGAUUAUUUCAACUUCGAAUACCCAAUCAAUCCUAAUUUGAGAUAUUCGUAUCCUAAACCGACAGUUACAAUAUUAACUAACAUUGCAAAUGCGCUAGCAUCUGUUCCGAAAUUUUACACUCAAGUGUUACACCUGAUGAAUAAAAUGAACUUGCCGGCUCCGUUUGGUAAUUUGACUAUAACCCCUCCGAUUGUUGAUGAUUCCAAUGUCAGGUUAAAUGUUACUGAACGAUUAUCCGACGAAUCAGAGAUUGAUAGCGACAGUGAACUUACUUCAAAUUCAAGGUCGACUAAAAAAAGAAAAAGUUUGGCAGAACAAGAUGAUUUGACGCGCAAAAAGUUGAAACUUCAGCUUGCAAUGGAAGCCCAAAUGCAAACGUUAGGUACAAUUCAUGCAAAAACUGCAACAACGAAAGUUUCUACUGAAGAAGUAUUUGAAGAAACUGACAAAAUUAACAAGUCUAAAAAGAUAGGCUUCAAAAUAACAAACGAAGACGUCGGAAACGUAGCUUCCACUGCAAACAGUCAGUCUACUGAAACAGUCUUACCCACAACAGAAGGUUUCGGUAAAAUAGUGCCAACUGUUAACCAAGUUCCAAAAGUUAUUGAAGUGCAAGAUAUUGAAUGGGGUGUCGACGAUUUUAUACCAAAAGACGAAAUUAUGAAAAACCGAUUAGAGGAAAAUGAAUUCCACACAUUAAACGUUUUCAAAAAUUACAAUCCUGGUGAAAAAUCUUCUAGACUUUAUUUGAAAAACCUUGCAAAAUCGGUAACCGAACGAGACUUACAUUUGAUAUUUGGCGGUUUCGUGAACUGGUCGAGUCAGGAAGAGAGGAUAAUGUACGACAUUCGUUUGAUGAAGGAGGGAAGAAUGAAAGGACAGGCUUUUAUUACGUUCCCGUCUGAUUUUCAAGCUGAGCAAGCUCUCAAGUCCAUUAACGGCUACCGAAUUUUCGGUAAACCGGUGGCUAUUUAUUUUGCUCGUUCAGCUAAGCCGAAACACUGA